GUCCAACGUUCAUCUUCUUCUCCUCGUUUUUUCCUUCUCCAAAAACACAAACACAGAAGUCACCAAAGGUGCUGCUUUCUGACUUUGAUUGGAGGGACUCCUGGGGGUGGUUUGUCUAAAUCCUACCAGCAACUAAGUAGUGGGGGCAAAUAAACACUCUAAGGAGAGUGAUCAAAAUCACACCUUCAAUUCGUUUUCUCCAUACUGUUUCCUUGACAACCUUAGAGUGUUUAUUUUCUUGUGACAAUGGAUUCUGGAGUGGAGAGCACUUUGAAGGCGUAUGCCUCUGAUUCCAACAAACUCAAUCGGUUUGAUGGAACCAAUUUCACCCGCUGGCAAGAGAAGAUGAAGUUUUUGUUGACUGCUUUGAAGAUCGUGAACAUACUGGAUCCUGAUUGGUGCCGCUAGGAGAACCACAAGACACUGACUCUGAUGAAUUGAAGGCUGAGCGCAAGAAAAGGAGUGAUGACAGCCUGCUGUGCCGAGGAUACAUCCUCAAUUCACUUUCUGAUCGUCUCUAUGAUCUGUAUUCCUAGUUGGCGACCCCUACUGAGAUUUGGGCAUCUUUGGAGAACCAGUACAAAUCAGAGAAACAAGGCGCAUAUAAGUUUGUCACAUUCCAGUUCUUUGAAUUUAGCAUGACUGAUAAGCGUUCAAUUCUGGAUCAAGUUCAUGAAUUUCUAAUCUUGGCCUCUAAGUUCACUGCGUUGAAGAUAACUCUUCCUGAUGCGUUUCUGGUGGGGGGCAAUUAUUGCGAAGUUGCCUCCAUCAUGGAACAACUAUAGGAAGAAAUUACUUCAUACGUCAGAGGAGUUCACUUUGGAGCAGAUUCAGAAGCACCUUAGGAUCGAGGAGGAAACUCGUAUCCGUGACAAGGAUCUGAAUUCGGAGGCACCAUUAAGUUCCAAAGUGAAUGUUGUGGAGAGCAAGAAGGGAAAGAAGAGAAAGGCCAUGAAUAAUUCCAACAACCAGACCAACAACCAGAAGAAUAAAAAGAAAAAGUCGUCCCCUAUGUCCACUAAGAAUUGUUUCAAUUGUGGGCAAUUGGGACAGAUUGUUCGCUUCUGUCCUACUCCAAAGAAGAACCAGAACGAAGGGGCUGCGAGUGCAAAUGUGAUUGAGAAAGUUGACCCUAGUGCGAUUGUUGCAAUGAUUUGUGACUUACAUGUGAGUAUGAUUCAGGAAUUGCACAUGGCUGGAGUCAUGACCAGUGCUGAUUGGUGGUAUGAUUUGGGGGCAACUGCUCAUAUUUGCAACAAGAGAGCCAUGUUCAAGGACUACACAGAGUCGACGAAGGGACAUGAGGUUCUGUUGGGUGAUCAUCGCACGAUCAAGGUUCUUGGAUCUGGAACCGGGGAUCUUUUCUUCACUUCGGGAAAGAGUUGUUCUCACCAAUGUCCUUCACGUUCCUGAUGUUAGAAUGAAUUUGGUUUCUGGUUUCAUGCUUUGUAAGAAGGGGAUAAAGGUUGUGAUAGAAUCUGAUAGGGUGAUUCUGACCAAGGCUGGUAUGUUUGUUGGGAAGGGCUAUGUUAGUGAUGGUAUGUUUAAGCUAAGUAUUGACAAUGGUAAUAUUAAUAAUAAUGUUGAUGGUUCUGCUUAUAUCGAUGUGCAUGCAAAUUAUAGUAUAGAAAGUACUUUAUUUGAUUUAUGGCAUAAUCGAUUGGGGCAUGUUAACUUUAAGACUCAGAAAUACAUGUCUAGAAAUGGUUUAGUAGUUUGUAGUGAUGACAGUGGAGAUAAAUGUGAAAUCUGUGUGCAAGCUAAGAUGAAGAGAAAGCCAUUUCCUAAGUCGGUUGACAGAAAAUCAGAAUUGUUAGAAUUAGUACAUUAUGAUAUUUGUGAAUUUCAUGGUCAAUUAACUAGAGGAGGAUGUAGGUACUUGAUUACUGAUGAUAGUACUCGAUUUACCUAUGUCUAUUUAAUGCGAACCAAGAAUGAAGCCUUUGAUAAGUUUAAAUUGUAUAAAUCUGUUGUUGAAACUCAAAAGGGUAGGAAAAUACAAAUCCUUCGAAGUGACAGAGGUGGAGAGUAUUUUCCAAAUAACCUUAACGUUUGCGCGACGCGUUCGGAUUUGAAUUUUUGGCUAAUUAAUUACUGGAAUUAUUUUAAUUAAUUAAUCCGGAUAAUUAUUUGAAUUUUGACUUUUGUGAAACGACGUAACCCUUUGGAAGGGAACUGUCGUUUUCACUAUAAAAGUCUUCUGCAGCCAAACUUCUCGUCCAACGUUCAUCUUCUUCUCCUCGUUUUUCCUUCUCAAAAAACACAAACACGGAAGUCACGAAAGGUGCUGCUUUCUGACUUUGAUUGGAGGGACUCCUGGGGGUGGUUUGUCUACCGUAAAACCACUGUUGUUCCUUCACAAUUCCAGAGAGGGUUUCCGGUCACCUGGAACGAGGGUUGAAGGAGUUUGAAUGACAACGAUCACCGGAAAAGAAUCCGGUCGGGAAGGAGAGACGACGUCGAUAUGAUGAAAUGAGAACGCUGGCAGACAGAAGGGAAGCAUCGCCUGGGUGGAAUUCGUUAGUGAUAGGACAGAGGAGGGUCGUUUUUGGAGCGCUUUUAGUCGGCGACGGAGGGACAUCUAAUCGGCGUAGACGAGAUAGGAGUGGCCGCUCUCGUGGAAGAAGAUAGGGCAGUUUGUAAAUUUUAGGGGUGUUUGUUCGAUUGAUUUUAAGUUAGUUCAUUAGGGUUAAUCUAGUAAUUUUAUAUUGUAAGUUAGGGCGAUAAUAGCAAGGAGAUGUUGCCAUUCAGUUAGGAAGGGAAUUAGCACUCUAACCCAAUCUUUUUACUUGGGCCCUUAAGACCUUGUUGGGAUCCAUUCGGUUAUAUUAAUAUUGGGCCUACUAAGCCUGUUUGAAUCAUUAUUCCCCACGCAGGCCCGCACUAGGCUUCACCGAAACGGAAGCAAAAGCGGGAGGGACGUCAAUUGGCUGCCUGUUGCUCUGCUGAGAUGGAUUUCACUCUCGGCCAAUCUUCUCCGUGAGGCUAGCUUAGCUAGCUGCCAUAUUUCCAGAAUGAUGCCAAACCCAAAACAAAGAAUAACAUUCUUUUGUUGCC